UUAGGAGACAGGUGUUUUAAUCGAGCGCCGACAGAAUGGCAGCAAGUACACGACCUCUAGCUAGUUAACGUUAGCCUUGUCAUUAUUAAACGUAUGCUAUUGUGCUAGAAGUGGCCCGGGAAGCAAGUGAGUGACUAAAAGUUAAAGAAUAACAUUGAGAUUGAAAAUGAUUAGAUUUGCAUCUGGAAGACAGAUAAUGUCUGGGGUUCGAGUGUGGCGACAUCCUCAGCAGAUAACCAGAGCACCACACUACUUCACAAAAGCUCAGCUGCUGUCUGGCUCCCCAGCCUCCUCUGUGUCAGUGCCAUCCAGACCGGCUCCUACCAACAGGUUAUUGAGCAUCAGGCCUGUGAGCUGGCAUGCCUCACGUCUAUGUCACAAGGAUUCACGAGGCUCCUCAGAGACGGUCGACGGCAAAGAGGGUUUCAGCUUGACGGCCCUCGCCAACGCUCCCAAACCGGCUCUGUACCUCGGCUUCUCUGGGCUCAUCCCUUUCCUGUCAGCCCCUCUUCUGAUGGCUGCCACACAGUCCUUCUAUCCUGAAGUGGCAUACGCUCAAAUGGUGUACGGAGCCUCUAUAGUGUCCUUCCUUGGAGGAGCCCGCUGGGGGUUCGCCAUCCCUCCCGGCAGUCCCGCUCAGCCGGACUGGAUGAACUUGGGAAACAGCGUGGUGCCGUCACUUCUGGCCUGGCUGGCACUUCUCUGCCGGGACAAUAUUGCAGAGGGAGCCCUCGUAGUUAUCAUGGGACUGGGUCUGUCGCUGCAUUACGACCUGACCCUGCUGCCUGGCUACCCCGCCUGGUUUAAAGCCAUGAGGACCAUCCUCACCCUGGUCGCCACCUUCUCGUUGGUGGCCACGUUGGCACUCAAGAAAUUCUGCUCUGAAAAGAAGAUCAUUCAGAAGUGAUUCAAGAUACUUUGUUCAUAUAUUGUUUAAUAUGUUGCAAAGUGUAGAAUGCAGAAAAGAGUCAAGUCAAGAAAACAUUCAUCAAAUUUUGACCUUUGGUGUGAACUACAUGGGGAAAAAAGUACUCUUCUUGACUGUGUUUAAACCGAUUAUUCAAAUUUCUU